AUGUCCCCGGCAGAGAGAAAUAAAAGUGGAGCCACAUUCAUUCUCUUGGGCUUUUCAGAUUACCCAGAACUCCGGGUCCCUCUGUUCCUAAUUUUUCUGGCCAUCUACACUGUCACUGUUGUAGGCAAUAUUGGGAUGAUUGUCAUCAUCAAAAUUAACCCCAAACUGCACACACCCAUGUACUUUUUCCUCAGCCACCUCUCAUUUGUGGAUUUCUGCUAUUCCUCCAUCGUUGCUCCCAAGAUGCUGUUGAACCUAGUCGUAGAAGACAGAACCAUUUCUUUUGUGGGUUGUGUGGUGCAAUUUUAUUUCUUCUGUACUUUUGUGGUUACUGAGUCAUUUUUAUUAGCUGUGAUGGCCUAUGACCGCUUCGUGGCUAUUUGCAACCCUCUGCUCUAUACAGUCGCCAUGUCCCAGAAACUUUGUGUUAUGCUCGUUAUUGGAUCCUACGCAUGGGGAAUAUUAUGUUCCCUGAUACUCACGUGCUCUGCUAUCAAAUUAUCAUUUCAGGGGCUCAACACAAUCAAUCACUUCUUCUGUGAAUUCUCCUCCCUGCUCUCCCUGUCUUGCUCGGACACGUACAUCAACCAGCUGUUGCUUUUUAUUUUUGCAACCUUUAAUGAGGUCAGCACACUUCUCAUUAUUCUCAUGUCUUAUGUGUUUAUUGUUGUCACCAUCCUCAAGAUGAAUUCAGCCAGUGGGCGCCGCAAAGCCUUCUCUACGUGUGCCUCGCAUCUGACAGCCAUCACCAUCUUCCACGGCACCAUCCUCUUUCUCUACUGUGUGCCCAACUCCAAAAACUCCAGGCACACGGUCAAAGUGGCCUCUGUGUUUUACACAGUGGUCAUCCCCAUGCUGAAUCCUCUUAUCUACAGUCUGAGAAAUAAGGAUGUGAAGGAUACAGUCAAGAAGAUAAUGAACACCAAAGCCUUUUUUUAG